GAAAGGAGCGCGCUUCUGUGGGCGCUCGCCUGAGGAGGGACCGGCGUCGCCGGACGGACGGACGGACUGAGCCUCCUCCGGCUUCGCGGGCCAUGAGCGCCGCCGCGCUGGUUUCCCCCGCGCUGCCCGCGGGGCCUCCGCUGCCUCCGCCGGCUUCCACGCUGCCCCCGGGGGCCGGAGCCGCCGCCGCCGCCGCCGCUGCUGCUGCUGCCGCCGCCGCCGCCGCCGCCGAGAGCUAUGAGGAGGAGGAGCUGGAGAGCCCCGCCGAGGAGGAGGACGGCGAACGCAGCGGGCGCGCUCGGGACUCCGACGAGGAUACGGAAGAUGCCAGUGAAACGGAUCUGGCGAAACACGAUGAGGAAGAUUACGUAGAAAUGAAGGAGCAGAUGUACCAGGAUAAAUUGGCAUCACUAAAAAGGCAGCUGCAGCAACUACAGGAAGGUACCUUACAAGAAUAUCAGAAAAGGAUGAAGAAGCUGGAUCAGCAAUACAAAGAGAGGAUCCGCAAUGCAGAGCUUUUUCUUCACUUGGAAACAGAGCAGGUGGAACGAAACUACAUCAAAGAGAAAAAAGCAGCAGUGAAGGAGUUUGAGGAUAAAAAAAUCGAGCUGAAGGAGAGCCUGAUCGCUGAGUUGGAAGAGAAGAAGAAGAUGAUUGAGAGCGAGAAGCUUACCAUGGAACUGACAGGAGAUUCCAUGGAAGUGAAGCCGAUCAUGACCAGGAAAUUGCGGAGGAGGCCGAACGAUCCGGUGCCCAUUCCUGACAAAAGGAGGAAACCAGCUCCAGCUCAGCUCAAUUAUCUCCUCACGGACGAGCAGAUCAUGGAAGAUUUGAGGACUCUCAAUAAGCUUAAAUCACCUAAAAGACCAGCAUCUCCUUCCUCGCCCGAGCAUCUUCCAACGACUCCUGCAGAAUCCCCCGCCCAACGAUUUGAGGCACGGAUAGAAGACGGGAAGCUUUACUACGAUAAACGAUGGUAUCACAAGAGUCAGGCUAUUUAUCUGGAGUCAAAAGAGAACACCAAAAUCAGUUGUGUGAUCAGCUCGGUGGGAGCCAACGAGAUCUGGGUGAGGAAAACCAGCGACAGCACAAAAAUGAGAAUCUACCUUGGGCAACUCCAGAGGGGCGCUUUCGUGAUUCGCCGGCGAUCCGCAGCUUGACUGUCGUUUUUUCCCCCCCUGGCAGACCCUCGUAAUUGAGGACAAUCGGCCGUCUGCGAGAUGUGUGCUUGCGCCCCUUAGGUGUGAUUAGGCCCCAAAAAAACCAAACCAUCAUUCUUCCCUCCUUUGGAAGUGCGUCUCCACCAGCUGCGUAUUUCUCUCGUGGAACGCCCCGCCACCCGGACUGACGAUGUUGUUUUUCGCCGUCUCGUGGUCUCCACAAAGUUUCAGAAGGACCUCCGGGGUUUUUUUCGUCUUCCCAUUAUUUCAUUCGGUCGCCAACGGUUUCCGUCGAGGAAAAAAGACCGGCGCGCGGUCAGCCUGGAGGAAGCUCCGCCAAAACCUCCGGGGAAGCGGAGCGUACGCCAAACGUCUCCGGAGGAGGAGGAAGCGUCGACAGCGUCGAAACGUGGGGGAAAAGGACGGCGUCGGCAUGCCGGGAAAUGGUUGGGGAACUCUCGGGACCCAUCUCGGCGCCCAGGAUUUUGCGUUAUUUAUACGGAACGGAGUUUCGCGAUUUUUUUUUUUUCUUGAUUUAAACCCAAGCGACGUUCAGAGCUUGGCCUGUUUUUUUUCCGUUCUUGGUUUUGCAGGCAAAGAUGGACAAACACAGAGGGGUGGGGGGUGUCUCUUCUUUCUGUUUUUUUUUCCCUCCUCCCCUGAUCCCCCUCCCCUGCUCAAAGCAGCACCAGGAAGGCUCUUCGGCUGAGGCUGAUUGUGUCAGCAAAAGUACCACCUUUGCCGGGCUACCUUCCCCUUCGUCAGGCUGGCCUUCUCCAAACCUAAAAAACUUUGGGUCACAUGGUUUGAAAGGGCCUUGACUUUUGUGCAUGCAAGUUGAUUCCUCCCUUGGCUCCUCCCCUUCCCCAAAUGUAAAUACUAAGAGAGUAGAGCUUGGAUCUCAGUCUGAAAGCACAGGCUGAGUUUCCCAGCAUUGUGCUGUUUUUAUGACACGUUGCCUCCCCAAAUACUUUUUAUCUCUCCGGUU